CGCCCCGAGGCCGGGGCCAGCCGGCCUCACAGAGGGGCCGCGGCGUUCGGGCCGGCGGCUGCAGCCCCCAGCGGCCGCGGGGGACGGAAGAGGAAGUGGAGCCGCUCCGGGAGCCGGCGGCGCUGCGAGGUCCCCGGCAGCGGCCGAGGAAGAUGAGGGCUGCCGGGCUGCUGUGCGCCGCGCUGUGGGGCCUGCUGCUGCCGCCGAUAAAUGCAGAUGAGGGAAUCCUGCAUGCUUCUGGAAAUGGUGUACCUCCAGUAACAAAGGAUUACUGCGUAGUUUACAAUUCUAAUUGGAUCUCUCUUCCAAACAGCCUGAACAAUGCUACUUUCAGGACUCUGGAAAACCUGACUUCUACAGUACUCUGCAAUUCUUCUGAAGUUCCUUCUGGCUUAAUGAAGGACAAAGCAGUUGUAGUGAUGAGAGGAAACUGCACUUUUCUGGAGAAAGCAAGAAUUGCUCAAAGAUCAGGUGCUAAAAUGCUGUUGAUUGCCAGUAAAGCUAGGCUGGCUCCUCCUUCAGAUAACAAGACUGAUUUUGAAAAUGUGACUCUACCAGUUGCUCUUAUAAGAUACAAUGACAUUGUCGAUAUGCAGCUGACUCUUGGAAAUGACAUUAAUGUGACUCUAUAUUCACCGCCUUUGCCAGAGUUUGAUUGCAGUAUGGUUGUCAUCUUCCUAAUUGCUGUGUUCACUGUGGCACUAGGAGGCUACUGGAGUGGAGUAGCAGAACUUGAGAACUUGAAAGCAACAGCAAGUCCUGGGGAGAGAGAAACAAGACGGAAAAAGGAAGAAAAUGUUACUUUCACUCCUCUAACUGUUAUCUUGUUCGUCGUCAUCUGUUGUGUAAUGCUGGUCUUACUUUAUUUCUUCUACAAGUGGCUAGUGUAUGUUAUAAUAUCAGUCUUUUGUUUGGCAUCUGCAACGAGCCUGUACAACUGUCUUGCUGCACUAAUCGGAGAAAUACCAUUUGGGCAGUGCAGGAUUACAUGUUGCAACAAAAAUAUUGAAGUGAGGCUUAUCUUUCUGGCUGCAUUCUGCAUAGCAGCAGCUGUUGUUUGGGCAGUAUUUCGAAACGAAGAUAGGUGGGCUUGGAUUUUGCAAGAUAUUUUGGGAGUUGCUUUCUGCCUAAACUUCAUUAAAACACUGAAAAUGCCCAACUUUAAGUCCUGUGUGAUACUCCUAGGCCUUCUCCUUCUAUAUGAUGUGUUUUUUGUCUUCAUAACACCAUUUAUCACGAAGAAUGGGGCAAGUAUAAUGGUUGAAGUUGCAGCUGGUCCCUUUGGAAACAGUGAAAAGAAUGAUGGAAACUUGGUGGAAGUCCCUACUGAACGCUCAGCUCCCCAUGAGAAAUUACCUGUGGUUAUUAGAGUGCCUAGACUUGAAUACUCUGCAGCGACAUUGUGUGACAUGCCAUUUUCAUUGUUGGGUUUUGGAGACAUUAUUGUCCCAGGGCUUCUCGUUGCCUAUUGUCGAAGAUUUGAUGUUCAAACAAGCUCUUCUUCUGUAUACUACAUUUCCUGUACAAUAGCCUAUGCCGUUGGUAUGGUGCUGACUUUCAUUGUUCUGGCAUUAAUGAAGAUGGGACAACCUGCCCUUCUCUAUCUUGUACCGUGUACACUCAUUACUAGCUCUCUUGUUGCUUGGAGACGCAAAGAGAUGAAGAAGUUUUGGAAAGGAAGCAGUUAUCAGGUGUUGGACUCCACCAGGACGCCUUUGCUACAAGAUGAUGGAACAUCUGGAUUACCCAGGAAAUGAAGAAGGCACAGCAUCAGCCAGUGAACAGCCUGGAGGACAAUAACAUGUAGGAUUCUGGCUUAAAAUAGUAUUCAAAUUUCCUACAGAUGAAUUACAGUAAAUUUGGUGAAGAUGUACAAUAGAGUAUUUCAUACUCUGUGUAAAAGGUUUUUUUACUCCACCUAUAUUUUUAUGAAAAAUAUUGUUAAUAACAUAAAAGUAAUCAAAAUAGAUUUGCAUUUUUACAGCCAAACCAUAGCUAGUAAAACCGUGCCUUAUUUCGAUUUAAAUAAAGGGCAUUUUCUAUGCAAUUUUCCAAACGUGCUUCUAUACAGUAUAUUUUUAUAAAAAAAAUUCUUGCCCGUAUCACUUUGCAUGGAAUGUUUUCUUAGUUUUGAUUAAGGCUAGUCAAAUUUCAUUUAAAAAAUAAUAAUAAAAGCAGUACUCUUCACAGGAUUUCUUUCCAGAUUUUGAAUGCGAAGACUAACAGUAAUGUAACUACAGCAACUACAGAAUGAAACUAUAAUUCCAUUACUACACAUAAUGGAAUAAACUGUUUGUAUGCUAAUCUAUGUAGAUUGUAAGCCAUAAAAUAGAUAACAGGGCAAAUUUUAAUUUGUGGUUGUGAGGUUUUGUUUUGUUUUUCUUUUUUGUUUGUUUUUUCUCUGUAGUUUCACUGGCUUAUGCCUUAGUCAUGAAAAUUGUUAAGCUUUGAUGCAAGUCUUUGGAUUAUAUGCGUUGCCAACCAUUAGAAAAAACUAAAAGUGUGUGGUGGAGGUACUUACACAGUGGCCCUGGAAACUUAGAUGCAGCUCCUGGAAUAGUUGGCAAAGAUGGUGUGAAAGGCAAGAGGUGGUUUUUUGCUCAACAAGUGUGAUUUAAAUCUUGGGGGUGGGGGGGGAAGACCUAAAAUUUUUAAGUUUGGACUAGUUCUUCUCAUACCUGUUUGGACUUGGUCUAUAUACAUAUGUGGUCUUCAUUUGGCUUUGUCUUAAUUCAUAGGGAUGGGGGAUGAAAGGACAGGUUUUUCUAGCUUUUGCAUCUAUACCAUACUUUUUUUUUUUGGAAACUGUUUUUGAAACUUCUUUGUGAUUGAUAGACAAACAACAGGUUUGAAUAGUGCUAGUAUUGCCUGUGUUAGUUAAGGCCAGUGCCUGUGUUUAACUUGAUUAAUUACAAUUUGUUUUAGCUUUUAAAUACUCUAAAGACUUGGAAAAGGAAAAUUAGUUUAAAUUGUUAAUUCGCAUUUAGGAGAGUUUGAGUUUGUGUGCUUGUUUGAUGCUUUUUUCAUUUUUUGGGGGGGAACUGCAAAUUGAGGGGGAUUAGGCAUAGAAAAUUUGUAAAGCUGUAUUGCUAACACUUUACACCAAAGAAAAUUGGAGAAGGCAACAACAGGAAACCACUGAGUUCACUUAAUCAUCAGGUAGUCAUUAAAACAUUUUUUCUUAUUUUUGAAGUGGAUGUCGUUCCUAUAGUCAGUACAAGUCAAAGAACCCCGGAGAAAACCAAAUAAGUGUAAGCUGGGCAAUGGCAGUGCAGCCUUUCCUGCAGUGCCUCAUGCAAGUGCCUAACUGUUGGUCUGAAGGUCACCUCUAGACACGAUUGGUUAAGGGCAUGUUGGCUCAGGGAAACUUACACAGAUGAAAUCUAGUUUAGCUAGAUUUGCUUUGAAAGUAUGCUAAUUAAGACAAUUGUAAAACUAUAUUGGCAGUUAACAAAGGCUUACUGCAAAUUUACUGCUUUACAUAACUAAUAUCAAGUUUAAACCUUUUUGUUCUCAAGAGUCCUGACGUAGAUAAACCUACCAACUGAGUAUCAGUUGUUGCUAUUCGCACAGAUUUACCUUGGUACCAGUUGAUACGGGUAAGAUAACCACCUUGUUUGUAGCUCUGCAACUUCUCUAAGAAAACAAAUUGUAAAAAGUUUUUGUAUGUUAGUAGAUGCCCAUCAUGCCUUUCUUGAUCUAAGCUUGAACUGACAGCUUCAGAAUACAAUGAUUUUUGCGCACUGUCUUCAAUUUUUAUUUAUCUGAGGCAGCCAGGCUGACUGGCACUUAAUAACAAAUUACAGUAUACCUCAGUGUUCUGAUAUCAGACUGAAAACUUCUGCUCUGAUGUGCUGUCGUGCUCUUUGACAAGCCCAAUAUCUGCCAAAGUUAAAUGGUUGUGAAGAAGUGGAUGAAAAUUCCUGAAUGACGUAACAUCAACCCAUUCAAAGUCCUGGAAUAAUCAGAGCUCUCAGAAGCUUCACAAACCUACAUAAUGACUCCUUUUUUGAAAUCUUCUGUGUAGAGGAUUUAUUAAAUUUUCACCUAUAAUUGUGAAUGGUAUUGAUGAUGAACUAGUAUAAAUAAAGAAGACCUUUGGCAACAUAAGUGUAUUCAGCAGUUGGCUGUAGAAACUGUUGUGUUCUGUGCCUAAUUAUGCACCAUGCCUGAUAAUGCCUGAGGUUUCACACGUGCUGCAGUUUAAUUGGAUGUAAACUAACUUUUCUCUUUCAAAUGUUUAGGUGCUUUGUUUACAAAAAGUAAGAAUGGCAUUUAAAAUUUUACAUAAAUAACAGGUUAGUAGUGACUACUGAAAAGAGAUUUUUAUAAGCUCAGUAGAAUUGAUUGCAACACUUCUAGCAGUUUUGAAUGUUUUUAAUAUUAAACUUGUUUGUACUAAACACUAUGUUAAAAUCGUUUUUAGUUACAUAAAAAUCUUACUACUUUUCAUUGUAUGUUUACUGACAACUCCCUUUCUCAUGACUCUUAAUUUAUCACUUUAAGAAUGUUAUUAAUAAAUGUUACUUGUGU